AUGGAUCCGCCAACCACAUCCUUAGACAGCAGCGAUCCUCAGGAAGUGGAGGAGCAGCGCACUUUUGCCACGAAGUUCGACUCGCCGGUUGCCGCUCAUCUGGCGCCUACCAACCUCCCUCUGAACAAGGUCCAGCGAGCAUGGGAUCGUCGCCCACAGUCGCCUUUCUCGCGCAAGAAGGUGCGGUUUGGCAAGGUAUGGAAGCGAAACACUGCGCCCUCGACCGACGCGACGAGCAUGUUUGCCGGAUCGUAUGCGCUUGAAGCCAUGCGGGUUGAGAGCCCAGGGAAGGCGGUCAAGAAGAUGCGCGUGGACUAUGGACAAGUUGUGAGUGACUGGGAUAGAAGAGGAAGUCCGAACAGACGUAUCGUGACUAGGAGCAGUCGCGUCGCGGAGCUGGUUGCCCUAGACGAGGAAGAGUCGCAAGAGCAAGAUGGGCAGGCGGAAGAGGAAGAAGCGCUGAGGGUGGAGGUCGUCGGUGAAGACGGUGCCGUGCAAGAGAUUGGCGCAGAUGAAGAGCUGCAGCAAGAUGAAUGGGAAGACGAGAGUGUGACAGAAGAGCAUGUCUGGGACGCUACACUGAUGCAUCUUGGCGAGGCUCCUGGUGCUCGCACUACUAGAGAGAACGAACAAAUCGAAGUCGAGAACAGUGCCAACAUGGUAGCGACGACAGACGUGGUCGAGAAUAAAGCUUUCGAGCCAUCUCAGGGCGAUCACCAGGAAGAACCCGCAACGCAAAUCGUUGUUUCUGCUGACGCUGGACCUGGACCAGCUGUCUCCAUACAGACAAAAUCGUCUCUGCAAGCCCCAGUCCUUCCAGAGGGUUUCGUAUCCCCUGUCAAGGAAAGGCGCCGACGACCCAUCAGUCAGGUCAAGCAGGCCCUCGCAAACCGGCGCAGGACGCUGCCCGUGAACUUCUCUGCGGCUCCAGCUCAGCCUACCGCGAACACGGACAUGAUAGUCGUACAGGACUCUCCAGGUCACGCCGAGCGUCAAACUGCCACCGAGCAGCUUGUGCGAAGUGAGCAAGCGCAACAACAAUGCUUCAGUCCUCUCCAUCGACGCGAUGAAAGCGGAGCAUCAACAAUGGAGGCAACGAUCGAUGCAACAGAGGACACUGAGGAAGAUUCCGGCAAAGAAGAAACAUCAAAUGAGAACGAAUGGGAAGACGUUGAGGAAGAGAAUGAACUGGGCGCUCCCGAUGCGCCGAGAGACAUGACACCGGAGCCUAUUGCGCAGGCCGAGUGGAUCGACACAGUUGAAAAUACACCCACCAGUCCCCAGGCCGAAGCAAAUGCAUUCGAUCGAUCCUUUGCAGCGGAAGUGCAUGAUCGCGUGGCAGAUCUGGUCUCUCCCAGCAAGCUACCGUCCAGCCCGGUUCCAAGCAUAACAGGCCAGCAUCCACGCUUGCCCCUUCGACGUUCACCAAGACGUCAGUCUACGAGCCCAUUGAAGAGGAGCACAAUUGCACCGCUUGGAAAGUCGCAUUUGAUUGCUUUCACGCCCGUGAAGUUGCCAGUUUCCCAAUCGAGCACACAAGAGCCGUGCCUCGCAAGUUCUCCUCUACCAACCAGCCCUGCACUUCUUCAAAAUGCAGAUUCACCCCAAACGAGCAUGCCAACCCUCACUAGGUCGUCCUCGGCCCCGCCUGAAGAGCCUCAGAUGUCUCCCCGAAAGCCAGGACAGCCUCGCCUGUCUGACGACACCGCGCUCCUGCAAGCGUUCAUCAACCGGGCAAGUGAAAGCAAGAAUGGCAGACGGACAUCAGCAACCGCUAGGCGCGAGUCGCUCGAAAACCGUCGCAAUUCCGACGCAGUUCGCCAGGCUUUGGCAAGCCCAGCAGUGAAGCCAGCAGCAACAGAUGUACUUGGAGAUUUGGAUCCUAACAGCCCAUCUCCUCGCAAACAAGCUGCUGUUGAGUGCAGUAUCAAGCCAUUACAGCAGGAAGAACAAGAUGAGCUUGCACAGUCUUCGCCAGCCAGAACAGUGUCGCGCCGCAGUGGACGAUCAAAGAAGAAACCAGAAACACUUUCCGCGGCAACGUACUCCGGUCCCAACAAGAUAUCCAUUCGAGGCAGUGCAGAUUCAGUAGUGCUUAAGAAGACGGAAGCUCAAGAGUUGGCCCAGGCGACAAGAAGCAACACCAAGAAGAAUAAGGGAGGUGCUGUCCUCCCACCCCUCCGGCUCACUAGAAUGGCCAAGGAAGCGGCCCUGAAUGAUGGCAACGAUGUCCCAGAAGUUGCCAUGGAGGAGGGUGAUGCCAAUAAGAAAGGCAUCAAGUGGGCGGAGACAUUGGCGACAUUUUAUGAAGGCGCGAGCGAGCCAGAGAUAUCGAUGAUGAUCGAUGAGCUCAGUGUGCCCGAGCCUGGCGCUGGAAAUGAAUCUUCCAGGCCUGACACCGAGAUGACAGGACUGUCUGCUCCGACUCCUGCCAGUGAAACACCUAGCAAGCCACGGCAGCGUCGCCUCAAACCGACAAGGAUGGCGUCAACACCCGCACAAGCAACACGCUCCACGCAAGCCAGUGUGGAGGAGGAGCCAGCCAAAGAGACCAAAGCGAAGCCUAUGGUGAGGAAAAGGUCACGUAUUGCAACUCCAGCGAAGCCGCGAGGCACCACCGCUGCUAGCACCUCAGAAGCGGCCGUGGAUGAAGUGAAGGUGGAGCCCAAGAAGACAGCCGCUGCGAGGAAAGCUGCGUCCAAACUACCUGCGCCCACCGUUUCAGCCAUACCAGCUGCCCAAGGCAAAGAAAACAGUGUCAUUGCUUCACCUCCAAAGAAGCGUGCCAAGGCUCCAGCAACACCUGCUCUAGGUUCCGCAGCUUUGGCUAAGAACUCACAGCCGAAGUUGGACUUCAGCAAGGGUGUUGGCUUGGAGAAGAAGCACGCCGAGAGCGGGAACGGUGCCGUUCCUGGAAUUGCCAGUCCUGCAAAGAGGAGUGCCAGGACAAGUGUUUUGUUAGGAGAAGAUGGAAGCGUCACUAAGAAAGAGCUGCCGCCCAGUUUGGGUAGUCCGGCGAAGAAGAGGACCAGACGAACCCCAGCGUAA